AUUAAACUUUCCCGAAAUGGCUGAUGAAGUGAUUGAGUAUAAGUUUACUUGUUCUUCAUUCUAUUACGGUCGCGAAACUUCGCAAGUGCUCAACACUAGUAUUACUAAAGGAUUAAAAUGCGUCUGGAAAACGAGAUAUGCUUCAAUUGCAGAACAAGCAUUUUUCUCAUGGGAAUUCGACUGGAAUGAGCUGAAACGUCUGGGAAUCGAUAGUCUCGCUGGAAACAUUACCGUCAAAUCAGCUUCAAUGAGCCCACUGAAUGUCCAAAUUGAUUUGAGAAAGCCGACGGAAAUUGUUGAGAGAGCUUUCUAUUUGCGUGAUGAUGAUUACGCAUAUAAUAGCUAUAUCAACAAAACUACUUUUGAAUAUUCCUUUGUUCCUUAUUGCGCCCAAGUCGAUGAAUCCUUAUAUGAAAAAAUGUUCCUCCCAUCUGACGAGAACGAUGCAAUUUUGGUGAUUGGAAAUAAAAAGCUUCAUGUCUGCAAAGCUUUCCUCUCGUACCAUUCAAGCUUUUUCCGUGCAAUUUUUUCGUCAGCCUUUAAGGAAGGCCAAAUGAGUGAGAUUCCGAUCAAGGAUGUUACCUACAAGGAUUUUGCGCUGAUGCUAAGCACAAUCUACCCUGACGCUGUUUUCCCAAAUGAUCGCACUGUGGAGAAGCUUCUUGAAAUGGGUGAUCGUUUCAUUAUUCAAUCCGUUAUCAAUCACGUUGAAUAUCAUCUCCUUCACAACACGAGUAUUGGAAAUGAAAAGUUGAUGUGGAUGGCGGAUAGAUACGGAAUGCCGAAGCUUCUCGUGAAGUCGAUCCAGCAAAUGAAUUCUAUCGAAAAGGCCAAGGCUCUGAAAUCUUCUCCGGACUAUGCGAAAUUGUCGAAAGAGGCAAAGGAAAAGAUUCUCGAUCGACUCAUGGCGCUGAUCUAAAUGCAAUUUGUUUGAUAUGCUCUGAAACAGACUUGUUAUUUUUCCUUGUUGAUUUUUAUUGUUAAAUGUUUUUUGUUG